AAACUCCGUCUCAAAAAAAAAAAGAAAAAGAAAGUAAGUUUCAAUGUGGGAGAGGUAAAUCAACAGGAAAGGGGUAAGAAAAGUUGGAAUCCCCCAAUAUUGUAAUAAAGAUACUGAAGAAGAAGGAUGGGAGAGGCGAGGGCUGUGUCCUUCCUUUUACUCACCAAUAGAGAAGGUAAGCUCCUACUUGAGUCAAUAGAUACUGAGGUCUUGUUAUUUGCCACCAAAGACAGUCUUGUGAGACUUAAUACCUAGCAACUCUAUUCUGGCACAUAUGCUGCACAGACACAGAAACUAUACAUCCACUGCCUUCUUCCCUCCUCCCUACCCUCCCUUCUCUCAGCAUUUCUAUCCCUGCCUCUUCCUCUUACCCAAAUUUUCCAGCCGACCACUGGAGCGGACUUCCGCAAUCCUGAUGGAAUAAAUCUAGCACUCCUGAUCAUCUGCCCACACUUUGCUGCCGAAACGAAGCCAGACAACAGAUUUCCGUCAGCAGAAUGUGGGGGCUCAAGGUUCUGCUGCUACCCAUGGUGAGCUUUGCUCUGUAUCCUGAGGAGAUACUCGACACCCACUGGGAGCUGUGGAAGAAGACCCACAGGAAGCAAUAUACCAGCAAGGUGGAUGAAAUCUCUCGGCGUUUAAUUUGGGAAAAAAACCUGAAGUAUAUUUCCAUCCAUAACCUUGAGGCUUCUCUUGGUGUCCAUACAUUUGAACUGGCUAUGAACCACUUGGGGGACAUGACCAGUGAAGAGGUGGUUCAGAAGAUGACUGGACUCAAAGUACCCACCUCUUUUUCCCGCAGUAAUGACACCCUUUAUAUCCCAGACUGGGAAGGUAGAGCCCCAGACUCUGUUGACUAUCGAAAGAAAGGAUAUGUUACUCCUGUCAAAAAUCAGGGUCAGUGUGGUUCCUGUUGGGCUUUCAGCUCUGUGGGUGCCCUGGAGGGCCAACUCAAGAAGAAAACUGGCAAACUCCUAAAUCUGAGUCCCCAGAACCUAGUGGAUUGUGUGUCUGAGAACGAUGGCUGCGGAGGGGGCUACAUGACCAAUGCCUUCCAGUAUGUGCAGAAGAACCGGGGUAUUGACUCUGAAGAUGCCUACCCAUAUGUGGGACAGGAGGAGAGUUGUAUGUAUAACCCAACAGGCAAGGCAGCUAAAUGCAGAGGGUACAGAGAGAUCCCUGAGGGGAAUGAGAAAGCUCUAAAGAGGGCAGUGGCCCGAGUGGGACCUAUCUCUGUGGCCAUUGAUGCAAGCCUGACCUCCUUCCAGUUUUACAGCAAAGGUGUGUAUUACGAUGAAAGCUGCAAUAGUGAUAAUCUGAACCAUGCAGUUUUGGCAGUGGGAUAUGGAAUCCAGAAGGGAAACAAGCACUGGAUAAUUAAAAACAGCUGGGGAGAAAACUGGGGAAACAAAGGAUAUAUCCUCAUGGCUCGAAAUAAGAACAACGCCUGUGGCAUUGCCAACCUGGCCAGCUUCCCCAAGAUGUGACUCCAGCCAGCCAAACCCAUCCUGCGCUUCCAUUUCUUCCACGAUGGUGCAGUGUAAUGAUGCACUUUGGGAGGGAGCUGGUGUGCAACUUUCGAAGCAGGUGUGGUGGUACUGAGAUUGUCUGUUCAGUUUCCCCAUUUGUUUGUGCUUCAAAUGAUCCUUCCCACUUUGCUUCUCUCCACCCGUGACCUUUUUCACCGUAGCCAUCAGGACGUUCCCUGACAGGUGUGUACUCUUAGGCUAAGAGAUGUGACUUCAGCCUACCCCUGACUGCGUUGUCCCAGGGCUGAUGCUGUGCGGGUAGAGGCUAGAGAUUUUCACAGAGGUUAGAUGCUCAUUCACUGGGACUAGUUAGCUUUAACCGCUCUAGAGGAGUGGGGUGAUCUGACUUCUCACUUUCUAAGUUCUCUUCUCUAUCCUCAAGGUAGAAAUGUCUGUGUUUUCCACUCCAAUUGCUAAAUCUAUUCAUAAGUCUUUGGUAUAAGUUUACAUGAAUAAAAGAAAUGUGAUUUAUCUUCCUUUCUUUGCAUUUUUGAAAUAAAGUAUUUAUCUCUUAUCUACAGUUUUAAAAAUAGCAUCUAGUUCACAUUCA